AUGAUGAAGGCAUUUGAAGCUUGUAAAGUUGCGAUCCAAAAUGCAGCUUUGCACGCUCACCCAUCACACGAAGCAACCCUUGCUAUCUUCAGCGACACGUCCAAUUUCUCAGCAGGAGCUGUACUCCAACAAUACAUCAAUGGGAAAUGGCAACCACUUGGCUAUUUUUCGAAGAAGUUCUCCGAUACUCAACGUAACUACAGUACAUUCGACCGAGAGUUACUCGCUAUCUACAUGGCUAUCAAGCACUUCAGAAAAACGUUCGAGGGUCGAAACCUGAUCGUUUUUACCGACCACAAGCCAUUAACAUAUGUACGUCAGAAGAAACCAUCACCAUCGGAAACACCACGACGAGCAAGACAACUCAUUUUCAUAAGUGAAUUCACGACCGACAUAAGUCACAUCAGUGGGAAGGACAACAUAGUCGCCGACGCACUUAGUCGCAUACCAAACGACAGUGUAACAUGUCCUACAUCAAUCAACUAUCCAAGAUCGCCGAAGCACAAGACAGAGAUAGCGACAACAUCUAUAUGUAUCGAAGCAAAGUAA